AUGGCGCCAGAGCAGCGGCAGAUAGGCAACGGACCCGGGCCUAUCAACGAGCACGCCGCAUAUCUUCGCGAAGCAUGCCACCAACUACAGGACGUGGAAAAAGGCAGACUCGACCAAAUACCAUGGAAAAUAGUUCAGCAAUUCGUCUCAUGCACCGUUGCACUCGCAGGAAAGGUGCAGCAGCAGCCUGCAUUACGCGAAAUCCUGCACCACGUUCAAAACACAGCCAAGUGCACGGAGAACAUCCAAAGAGAUGUGUCAAUCAUUAGGAACUCGACAGGCUUAGACACAACUUGA